AUGUCGGAACCUGACCAGUACACGAUCUUAUUGCUGAUGUACACCGAUGAGCUAGAAAUUUCCAAUCCUUUGGGUGCUGCACGUGGCAAGUACAAGCUUAAUGUGAAGGCAGCACUCUUCUGCUUUUGUGGCGACCGUCUGUCGCUAAAUCAUUUGGGAGGUUUCAGCGGCUGCUUUAGCAGUGGCAGGUUCUGUCGAUUCUGCCUUGCAUCAACAAAACAGCUGCCGAGACUCACUACAGAGCAAGAAUGCGUCAUAAGAAAUUUAGAUGCUCACAAGCGGCACCUGUCCAGCAUACUGAUGAACGGCAUCAUUAGCAAAAGAUUGUAUGGCGUGACAGGGCCUUCACCACUUUUAAAGCUGGAACGGUUCGACGUGACCCUUCAGUUGCCGCCGGACAUAAUGCACGACAUCCUGGAGGGAUCAUUUGAGCAUGUUCUCAGGCAAGUCCUCGUGGCACUAAUCCAAAAAGGUUCCUUGAAGUUCGAUGACUUGGACAAGGUCACCAGGUUUCCUUACGGAUUCCAUGACAAAAAGAACAGGCCUGAGCCGAUUCCUAAAUCUUUCAUCGAUGGCAAUGCCACCUUGCGGGGAACCGCGUCGCAGAAGUGGUGCUUGCUUCGAAUGUUCCCCCUGAUUUUCGGUGACGGUGUUCCACCUGAGAACCCAGAUUGGGAGGUGCUGCUGCUCUUUUUAGAGAUUGCAAACCUCAGCUUUUCUGCAGAGAUAGCGGUGAACUUUGUGGCGUACCUUCAAAUAAAGAUCCAGGAGGUUUUGUGCAAGUUUGUGAGCAGGUACCCGCAAGCAUCACUCAAGCCGAAACUACACUUUCUCGUGCAUUGUCCCAGAUUCAUUAUGCAGCUCGGACCACUUACCCAAUAUUGGGCGAUGAGGUUCGAAGCAAAACACCAGGUACUCAAGGCGGUGGCAUCGAAGAUAAAGAACUUUAGAAAUAUUUACGGGACUCUGGCGUGCAGACACCAGUUGCGUCAGUGCUAUGAGCUUCAGUCUUUCGCUUUUGAUGACGAUCUUUCCACGUCAUGUGCGAGAGCGAUCGAAGCGGAGCAAGUGCAUGAGUGUGCCAGGCAACACUUUGACACAGCAGUGUUUAGUGUAAAGAGUGCUUCAGUCAACAGAUGCUCCUACCACAUAGGAGAUGUGAUUAUUUUAGAGAGGAAGGACAUUCCACUGUUUGGGCAGAUUGAUACUGCCUACCUGUCCUCUUCAAGGGUGUACUGUGUCGUUCACAUGUUUCAAUGCGACGGAUUUGACAGACAUAAGUUCUGUUAUUCGGUGAGGCCAAACAAUGAGCAUAAGUUGGUGUGCGAAGGGGAGGAGGCCGUGAACUGUAGUCUUGAUAUCUAUGGAAACUCGGUAGUUCCAAAAUGGGAACUGUAA